AUGUCCAAAGUUCCAGCCCCAGGGGUUUGGGCACCGGCCAUUACUUUCUUCGACCCGGCGACAGACGAUCUCGACCUCGACUCACAGAAAACGUACUACAACUACCUGUCAAAAUCUGGCCUCACGGGACUCGUCAUUCUAGGCACGAAUGCGGAGACUUUCCUCCUUACCAGGGAAGAGCGUGCUUCGCUACUGAAAUGCGCGCGCGAGGCCGUGGGCUCUGAUUACCCCAUCAUGGCAGGCGUGGGCGGUCACUCGACAAAACAGGUGCUGGAAUACAUAGCAGAUGCAGCCAAGGCAGGAGCCAAUUACGUUCUCGUGCUGCCACCUGCGUACUUCGGUCCAGCGACCACUGAGAUUGUUGUUCGCAACUUCUACGCUCAAGUCGCGAAAGCUUCUGCUCUGCCAAUCGUGCUCUACAAUUUUCCAGGAGUGUGCAACGGCGUGGAUCUUUCGUCGUCCCUGAUUGCGGAGCUAGCGAACACACAUCCAAACAUUGUUGGUGUGAAGCUGACCUGUGGUAGUGUGGGCAAGAUUACGAGGCUAGCCGCACAACUUCCCACUUCUCGAUUCAGCGUGUACGGUGGACAAUCAGACUUCCUCAUCGGUGGGUUGAGCGUGGGUAGCGCUGGCUGUAUCGCAGCCUUUGCAAACGUGUUCCCCAAAACAUUGAGUCGUAUCUACAAGCUCUGGACCGAAGGGCAGCAUGAGGAGGCAUUGAAGCUGCAUCGGGUGGCCAGUUUGGCGGAGGAGCCUUGCAAAGCAGGUAUCGCGAGUACCAAGUAUGCGGCGAGCGUGUUCUCGGCUCCUAAGGCUGGCAUACAAGAUGCGGGGGCCAAGUUGAGACCUCGCCAACCAUAUCCGCCAGCAGGAGAAGCAGUGCAGAAGAAGAUUCGUGAGACCAUGGCGGAGAUGAGCGAGCUGGAAGGUUAA